UUCUGGUUCAGUCAGCACGCCAGCCCGUUCCAGAUCCUGCUUCGUGGACCCUACGAUCCCCAAACUACCUGUCACAAUUAUCGCACCUUCGCGUUACUCAGACAGGAACGGAACCUGAAUAUCAAGGACUUGCGAAUCCGCUCUGAUCAUAAUUAUCUGACAUGGCGGGCGACACGGACGCAGACGGAUUGGCGCCAACGCUUCAGAACAUUCUAGACCAGACGUCUUUAAAGUGGAUCUUCGUCGGCGGGAAGGGCGGCGUCGGCAAGACCACGUGCAGCAGCUGCCUGGCCGUGCUUCUAGCGGCGGUUCGCGAGAAGGUUCUUAUAAUCUCCACGGACCCCGCGCACAAUCUCAGCGACGCGUUUCGGCAGAAGUUCACUCGGACGCCGACGCUAGUUAACGGGUUCACGAACCUCUACGCCAUGGAGGUGGAUCCGACGGUCGAGACCGACGAUUUUGACCAGAUGGCGGGGCAAUUGGCGCAGGCGAGCGGGCUGGGCGGCGCUGGGGGACCGGCGGGGGGGCUGAGCGGGCUGCUGGAGGGCAGCGGCAUGGGGAGCGUGUCCGAGCUGGCCGGAGCCAUCCCUGGGAUUGACGAGGCGAUGAGCUUCGGAGAAAUGAUCAAACUCGUCCAAACGAUGGACUACAGCUGCAUAGUGUUCGACACGGCCCCCACGGGCCACACCCUGCGGCUGCUGCAGUUCCCCUCCACCUUAGAGAAGGGGCUGGGCAAGCUUAUGGCGCUCAAGAACAAGUUUGGCGGCAUGAUGGACCAGGUCUCGCGCAUGAUGGGUGUGGGCGAGGAGUUUGGGGAGGAUGUAGUGACGUCGAAGCUGGAGGGCAUGAAGAGCGUCAUUGAGAAAGUCAACACGCAGUUCAAAGACCCGGACAUGACAACGUUCGUGUGUGUGUGCAUUCCCGAGUUCCUCUCCCUCUACGAGACCGAACGGCUGGUGCAAGAACUGGCUCGGUUUGAAAUUGACACGCACAACAUCGUGAUCAACCAAGUGCUGUUCCAGGAGGAAGCCGGUGAGUCAAAGCUUCUAGCGGCGCGAGUGAAGAUGCAGCAGAAGUACUUGGACCAAUUCAACGAGCUGUAUGAAGACUUUAACAUCACGCGGUUGCCAUUGCUGGAGGAGGAGGUGCGAGGCGUGGACGCGCUCAAAUCUUUUGGCAAGCACCUGCUCACGCCCUACAUGCCCCGGCCAGUGCCACCUGUCGCAUCACGAUUGGUGGAGCUGGAGCAGGAGGUGAAGGACUUACGGCAGAAGCUAGAGGAGGCACAGAAGGAGCUCGCUAAACACAAGUCGUGAUUCUUGAAACAAUGUGUUGUGGUAUGCCUAGUGUGGAUCAGAAAAAGCAGUGGCGCUCAUGCCAGGGAUGUACUGGUACAAGCUGGCAUGUUUUAUGCCGAUAUGAUAUACAUGGUGAACUACACCCUUCUCAGACCCUCUCCGAAGCUUAAAAGUUGCAGAGCCUU